ACGGGGGUCCGGGAUGGCCUUUUGCUCGACACCGGCCCGUGUCCCCGGGCUUUCGCGGGUUCGAGGCUUUGCCGUUGCGUGCUCCGGCGCGAUGGCCCCUGUGUUCCUCACCUGUUGGGUCCUUGCUGCUGGUCCCAAACUUUGUGCGGUGCGUGUGACUGCCCCCCCAGAACUUGCGAUUGUUACUCGCAGCUUAGUGUUGUUAGGGCUUCAAAGGGUUGGAGGAGCUGGGAACAGGUCACCAUCUUCCCAGCCAUUAAAAUAUCUGUCCUGAUUGUUUACGUUGGAGUUGGUUAUCGGUUGGGCCGAAUUCUUUCAGUACUCAGAGCAAGAGUCACAUUUUACUAAGCGUUUAAACGCCACGUUUUGGGAGGAAGCUAGUGGGAGUGAAACUGUCAGUUGGGACAGGGCUCUGUAGGGGAAUGGGUGCAGCUUUUGUCCUUCUUGGAGUUGUCCUUUUUCCAGUCCUCAGCCGGUCCUCUUAAAAAUUUAUUUUUCCUUUGGUCUUGAACAGUAAGUUACUUGGCUUGUUCCUCAGGGGAAGAGAAGAGGGGAAAGUUGGAGAUACUUUAUAUGUGUGUUGGUUUUGGUUUUGUCAUUCAGUUGUGUCCUGACUCCCGAACAUUGUUCGAAAGUUCUUGACCCCCUAUAAGGUAGUAAGAAUACGAUUAGUUAUGAGUACGGAAGGAAAUUUAUGGUCAUCAUGUGGAAUGUGGUGUAUUGACUUUGAAUUUGGGUGCAUAUUUAUUGCAGUUCAUUGUGUACAGAUUUUUUUUGGGGGGGUGUCAAAGAGCUUUUUGUUUUUAUUUUUGGGCUGUGCUGGGGAUUUGACCUAGGGCAUUGGACUUGGAGACCAUUUGCUGCUGAACUACACUGGCAGCCAGCCUUUGUUGUUGUGUUUGCUUGUUUGUUUGUUUUUCCUGAUAAGGAUUUAGACUGCUGCUUUCAGUUGUGUACUUGACCCAAACUGAAAGAAAAUAAUCAGAUUAAGAGUCUUUUCGCCCACUUCAUUUAAAGUUUUGAUUUCAUUAUAAUCUCAAACUCAACAUACAGAAGGGAAGAUGAAUUUUUUAAUUUAAUUUUAUUUUUUGUUUUUUUUGCCUAGUAGUGAGUGGUUCAUAAUCUCAUUUAACCAAAACCAGUCAACUCAAGCUAGGUAUUUUCACAAAAAUGUUGUUCUGGGAAACUGCAGGAUUAUAGAACAACAUUCAUAUAUAUUUCAGUGGAACCUAGAUUGUGUUUUAUUAAGUCAUAAUUAUGCUAAUUGAGUUAGGGAGGUGAAGGCCAACAUGAUUUAAAUGCAUGAAUUGUCAUUGCUGGUUUACUAUAUGUUUAACCAGACCUCUGGGUUGUCUGGGUUCUUGCAGUUUAGAAUUACAGUUUUGUAAUAUCUGUAUGGCCUUGGUUGUCCUUUAGCUUGCUGUAUGCAUCAGGCUGGCCUCAGGAGCUGCCUACCUCUGCCUUUAGAGUGAUGGGAUAAACAUAUGUACCACCGUGCCCAGCUGACAUUUUUAUCUUUCUGUUUUUGGACAGGAUUUCUCUUCAGCUGUCCUGGAUUUAUUUUAUAGACCAGGCUGGCCUUGAACUCGCAGAGAUCUGCCUGCCUCUUCCUCCUGAGUGCUGGAUUACAGGCUUGCACCACCACGCCUGGCCAUUUUCAUGCCUUUUAUUUGCCUGAAGACAUUGAGUAAAUGUUGGAAUAACUGAGAAUGAACGUCAGUUGUUGAAGUUGGAUUUUGUUUCAGGACAAAGUCAGCAUAAAAAGGCAUGGUGAUAUGUUUUUGUUUGGGAUGGGGAGAUAGGCUGUCAGUCUUUAGAAGCACACUCUUCAACGUCUGUGUUGCCCAGCGUCUGUUAGACAAGCGCGGUGCUCUGUGAUGAAGCACACUUGCUCACCUACUCAGACUUGGAAGUGAGGGAGCUCCGAGUGCUGCUUAGAUCCCAGAAGUCCACACUGCCCUCCAGACUUGAGAUGCCCAUCUCUCCCGAAAAUGACAUCUCUUACUUUAGCUGUCUGUCUGUGUAGAAUGCUCAUUCUAUGUACACCUAUGUGUAUGUACGUGUGCAUAUAAUUGGAGAGAUCAGUUGCACACCAGUCUGUAGUCCGUGACUGUUAGUUGUUUGUGCUUUCAUGGUUUCAUUAGGACAUAAGUCAGCAUUUUUUUUCAGCCCAGGCUUACCAAAUACAGGUUUCCACCAUCCCUUUGUAAAUCAGCAGUCAGAAAGGCCCGUGUUUGUAAAUGCUGCGCUGUUUGGGGGCUGGUGGCAUGGAUCACUAGGGGAGUACACACUUGGCUUGAGCAAAGGGCUGGGUUCAGUCUCUAAUUAAAAAAAAAAAAGAGAGAGAAAGAAUGAGCAAACACGUUGUUUGGAUCAAGUCUGGUGAUUUUUGUUCCUGUGUGCUAAUUUAAAAAAAAAAUUUUUCUUUUAUGUAUGAGUAUUUGGCCUGCAUAUGUUUGUGUGCUACUUGCAUGCCUGUAGCUGGUGAAAGCCAGAAGAGGGCAUCACAUCCCUUAGAGCUGAAGUUACCGGUGCUUGUGACCUACCCCACAAGAGUAAUGGGCUGGGAACCAAACCGGACCUCUGGGAGAGCAGGAAGUGCUCUCACUGAGCCAUCUCUCCAGUCUGUUUUUGUUUGGUUGGUUUUUGAGGUAAGGAUUUGUGUGUCCCUGGCUGGCUGAGAACUUGCUGUGUAGCUGAGGUUGGCACUGAACUUCUAAUUCUUGCAGGGUGUAGUGGUGCGCACUUUCAAUCCCAGCUCUCAGGAGGCAGCAGAUCUCUGUGCGCUGGAGGCCAGCCUGGUCUACAAGGUGGAAUGCUAUGUGGUUCGUAUGUGUCGCAUUUUGCUUCCCAUUCACCCAUCGAUGGACACUUGGUAGCUUCCACCUUUUGGCUGUUGUGAGAACGCUGCUGUGAACAUGGGUGCGCGCAUAGCGCUUUGAGACUCUGCCUUCAGUUUUUCUGGCAGUGAUCUUCAUGGAGGAACACGGAGUGACGCAGACUGAGCACAUGGCUACCAUAGAAGCCCACGCGGUGGCCCAGCAGGUGCAGCAGGUCCACGUGGCCACCUACACUGAGCACAGCAUGCUAAGUGCUGACGAGGACUCCCCCUCCUCCCCCGAGGACACGUCCUACGAUGACUCGGACAUCCUCAACUCCACGGCAGCUGACGAGGUAACGGCCCACCUGGCUGCUGCAGUGCUGGGGAUCAAACCCAGGGCCUCGCAUAUCCUAGGUCCUGUGGGAAUGGCGGCUGCUGCUGCUGUGGCAACAGGGAAGAAACGGAAGCGGCCUCACGUGUUUGAGUCUAACCCGUCUAUCCGUAAGAGGCAGCAGACACGCUUGCUUCGGAAACUGCGGGCCACGCUGGAUGAGUACACCACGCGAGUGGGCCAGCAGGCCAUUGUUCUGUGCAUCUCGCCCUCCAAGCCCAACCCCGUGUUCAAGGUGUUCGGGGCAGCGCCCUUGGAGAAUGUGGUGCGGAAGUACAAGAGCAUGAUCCUGGAGGACCUGGAGUCAGCGCUGGCAGAGCACGCCCCCGCGCCGCAGGAAGUUAACUCGGAGCUGCCGCCCCUCACCAUCGACGGCAUUCCAGUCUCUGUGGACAAAAUGACCCAGGCUCAGCUUCGUGCAUUCAUCCCAGAGAUGCUCAAGUACUCCACGGGCCGGGGGAAGCCUGGCUGGGGGAAAGAGAGCUGCAAGCCUGUCUGGUGGCCAGAGGACAUCCCGUGGGCCAAUGUCCGCAGUGACGUCCGCACAGAAGAGCAAAAGCAGAGGGUUUCGUGGACCCAGGCACUACGGACCAUAGUUAAAAAUUGUUACAAGCAGCACGGGCGGGAGGACCUCUUAUACGCUUUUGAAGACCAGCAAACGCAAACCCAGGCCGCCGCCACACACAGCAUCGCCCACCUGGUGCCCUCGCAGACCGUGGUGCAGACCUUCAGCAACCCUGACGGCACCGUGUCGCUCAUCCAGGUUGGUACGGGGGCGACAGUGGCCACACUGGCUGAUGCCUCAGAGCUGCCAACCACAGUCACUGUUGCCCAAGUGAAUUACUCUGCUGUGGCUGAUGGAGAGGUGGAACAAAAUUGGGCCACUUUACAGGGAGGUGAAAUGACCAUCCAGACGACGCAAGCAUCAGAGGCCACCCAGGCAGUAGCAUCGCUGGCAGAAGCCGCUGUGGCAGCUUCUCAGGAGAUGCAACAAGGAGCCACUGUCACCAUGGCGCUCAACAGUGAAGCCGCUGCUCAUGCUGUCGCCACACUGGCUGAAGCCACCUUACAAGGCGGGGGACAGAUAGUCCUGUCUGGGGAAACCGCAGCCGCCGUCGGAGCACUUACCGGAGUCCAAGAUGCUAAUGGCCUGGUCCAGAUCCCUGUGAGCAUGUACCAGACUGUGGUAACCAGCCUCGCCCAGGGCAACGGGCCCGUGCAGGUGGCCAUGGCCCCAGUGACCACCCGGAUAGCGGACAGCGCGGUCACCAUGGACGGCCAGGCUGUGGAGGUGGUGACAUUGGAACAGUGACACGGAGGGCUAUCAUGGCAUCAUUUUCUAGUCUACUUCAGGAUUUUAUACACGUUUGCAGAGGUGCAAUCAAAUGGAAUCAAGUCCCUGGACUUGGAAGAAACGUUUUGGUACCCUUUUUUAAGAAGGAAAAGGCGGCAGGUUUUGGAAUCACCUUUUUUAAAGCACCGAUCUGGUGGAGUGGAACAACACCGAUUUCACUGUCCCAAAAAGCCAAAUGUGGCCGGACUUCUUUGUGCGGAAUGUGUGUGUACUUCCGUGUGUAGGAGUGAGUGUGGAUAUACGUAUAUGUGUACAUAUGGACACACACAUUUACAUAUAUGUAUAGAGUAUAUAUGUACAUACAUACGUAUGAACCCCGCAUGGAAUUAUCUGUUGAAAUCAAGGUGAACUGCGGAAGCGGUAGCCCACCCAGUCUCGUGUUGGAGGGUGCACGGCCAGACACAGUCACCGGGUUUCCUUCGCAGCAGGGUCGUGCAUUGAGCUACUGAGAGCCCAGCAGAGGCGCCGGCCCUUCACCAGAGCUGCCUCGGCCGCAGAGCUCCGCAGACGCCGCGGGAAGGCGCCGGAGCGUCCAGAGCGAGCGGCCCCCGCCAGCAGGGCACUGUCCAGGCCCCCGGUGCUGCCCUUGCCGCAGGCACUGCCCUGCGGGCUCCUGGCAGGGGCCAGACCGUCCCAGCCUCCGCUCCUCCCUCCCCGGACCUCCGGCUCACACAAAGCUUGCUCUGGCUGUGAGGUCAGCCCUGAGUCGGCCCUGUUACGAACUGAGGGUAACAGUAGUGGGACUGAGCAGGCGGGUGUGCGUGCGUGUGUGCGUGCGUGUAUGUGUGUGUGUGCGCGCACUCGUGUGAGAUGGGGAGAGAGCGGGAACAGUGUAGGAGAGCAGGAAGGAGGGAGAAAACUUGACAGCAGGUGCGCCUGUGGGAACCAUGUUCUCCAGUCGUGUUUAGCUGCGCGUAAACAAGAGACUGCCACACACGGACCUGUGCCCGGAGAAGGCUGGCCAUUGCAGAUGUGUCAGGAAGAAGGGCCUACUCCAGGCCCCAGGACUGUCCCCAGGCCCAUCCUGGCGGCGCCAGCCUGGGCAGCGCCCUGCCCUCGGGGUGGAUGGAUGGCAGCGAGCCAGCGGCCUUUGGUGCAGUGAGCAGCCGUGAGCCCCGAGGCCGAGGCCGCCUGACCUCGACCAGCCAAUCUCUGCUCCUCGAGCGUGUACAGGGCUCCUCCUCCCCUCGUGUGCUCGUGUAUUUAAUGUGGUGUUUUGGUUUUUUGUUUUUUAAUGAGACAUUAAAAGACUCUUCAUGUCUUGCUCGGCCUUUGAGAAA